CAAAUUGGCACAGAGCAGCUGACAGAUUCUGCGGGCGGGCGGUCGUGCGGGCGCGUGGGUGCCCGUGGCUGCACUUUGCACUAGAUGGGUUUGGGAUGGGUUGAUCGCUUUGUGUUUCCUGUCAGUUUCUUGCCGGCCUCGGGCGCAAAAUCUGGUUGAUAACCUGUAUUCAUUAUCAUGGCACCCAAGGUCAAGGGCAAAACGGAGGCAAACGCAAGUGGCAAACGCAAACAUGAUAGUGACGACGAGCUUGAUGAUAACGACUAUGUUGCACCUAGCGAGUCUUCAAGUGAGCUUUGUGACAGCUCCGAGGCCUCUGAGGACAGCGACGGCGAUGGCGAUGGCGAAGAGCGGGAGCAGGAGCGCGAGCGGGAGCAGCCAAGGCGGCCGCUGGCAAAGCGCAUUAAAGCGGCCCCAGCACAGGCCCCACUUACAAUCGAUAUACUUGCAAGACUUUUUAAGAUUGACGCACGCGCCAAGAGCCAACUCAGGCCCAGCGGUGCCAGCGCGGUACAGCUGGCUAGGAACGUCACCCUGCCCCCGGCCGGCGACACGAACGCCUGCAGUGCCCUGUUCAGCACGCUGCUCCGUAAGGUCACCGCACGCCGCGCUGACCUGGGCGCCCUGGCGGACACGGAGCUGUCCAUCGUGACGCCGGCAGACAGCAUUCACCCCGCACCAACUCGUGUCAGCGACGACGACGCCGGGCGGCUGGUCGAGUCCCUCGGCGAGACUAAGCCCGGCGGGUGCGCGCUGCUGCACGUGAUGGAGCGCGCAGGGCCGCCCGAGGCGCGCAGGCUGGCGGCGGCAGCUGUCGCUGCUGGCAAGACCAAGACGAAAGCCAAGUCGGGUGCAGCGGUGGCAGUAACAGGCUCGGGCCUGGGCUUUACCAUGGAGGGAGGCGCCGAUGACGAUGAGGACGCCAUCGACUACGAUGAUGAUGCUUUGGGGCCCACGAGCGCUGCUGGUCCUUACAGCAGCCAUCGCAGCAGCGGCGGCGGCAGUGGCGGCUUAAGCAGCCGUGACCUGCGUACCAGCGGCAGCUUGCUCGGCGGUGGCUUGCUUGGCAGCGGCGGUAGCUUGCUUGGCGGCGGCGGUGGCGGCGGCAGCGGUGGCGUGCUCAGCGGAGGCGUUGGAGGUUUCGUCCGGGGAACAGGUGCUUAUGGGGCUGUCGGCGGCGCAGCAGCAGCAGCAGCAGCAGGCAGCAACGCCGGACCGAGCAGCGGGUUGGGAGGGCCCUUGGCAUCGGCACUUUUGGAGGUGCCAUCGGACGACCUGGCGGCGUUUCGUGCGUGCCUGGGCCUCAAGCGCCGGGAGGACGUGCAGCGGCACCUGUUUACCGCUCUCCCACCGCACGUAAAGGAGUUUAUGUCAUCCGACACCAACGAGAAGCUGCAAGCUGCCGCAGAGGCGGGCCCAGGCGGAGUGCUGCCGGUGCAGGGGGCCACUGCGGCAGCUGGGGAAGGUGUCGAGUCCGUGGCAGGGCCAGGAGCAGGGACCGCCAUCAGUGGUGGGCCGCAGGCGGCGGUGCCGCUGCAGGCGCCGGUACCAGUACCAGCAUCGGCCUCAGCCUGGGCAGCUUGGCAGGUCGGGACCGCGCUCGCUGGUUACCGACCGGUCAGUCGGCACGAGGCCAGCUUCGCUGCAGUCCAGGCCAACCAGCCAGUGGUGGUGAAGGAUGUCGGAGAUGGUUGGGGUGUGGCGCUUGCGAUUGACUUGGAGAGCUCUGGUGUGCUGCCUAUGUGCAACGUGUCCAUAGGAGGGAGUGGGGCGGUGGAGGUUGGCAGAAUGCAGCAGCGGGUGCCGUCGCGCACAGCACCAACCCUAGCCGCGCAGGUGGAGCAGCUACUUCCAGCUGCAGCCAGCGGACGGCCUGUUGACGGCCUUGUUGCCGUCGGGCAUCAAGAGCCACAGCAACCGCAGCAACGUCUGUCAGAUGCGGCGGGCGUGCCUCUCAUCCCCGGCGGAACUGGCGCGCGCAUAGGCUACUCCGAUGCGGCCCCACUGGGCCGCCCUCCACGCGCCCCUGUACCAGCUGGGCGCAGCAGUGGUGGCGUUAGCUACACGCCAGCGGCCUGCGGGCUGGACGAGGCUGUGGCUGGCCUGCAGCGCAUUGGGCGACGACGCGAGCACCAUGAACAGCGCAGCCAGCGCAGUAGCAAGAGCCGCAGCCGGAGCCGGGAUCGCAGCCAAGGCAAGGGACGGCGGUGGAGCUCUCGCGGCAGCCGCAGCCGCAGCCGCAGUCGAGGCCGUGAUGGUGGCCGCGGUCAAAGCCGCCCCAGCGCACGGGAGUUGGGCGCAAGCAGCAAGGGGGGCCACGACGCGCGCCCGGUGCGUCGGGUCUCUCCCAGCGGCCGCAGCCGCAGCCGCAGCCGCGGCCGUGAUGGUGACCGCAGUCAAAGCCGCCCCGGCGCACGGGAGUUGGGCGCAAGCAGCAAGGGGGGCCACGACGCGCGCCCGGUGCGUCGGGCCUCUCCCAGCGGCCGCAGCCGCAGCCGCAGUCGCGGCCGUGAUGGUGACCGCAGUCAAAGCCGCCCCGGCGCACUGGAGUUGGGCGCAAGCAGCAAGGGGGGCCACGACGCGCGCCCGGUGCGUCGGGCCUCUCCCAGCGGCCGCAGCCGCAGCCGCAGUCGCGGCCGUGAUGGUGACCGCAGUCAAAGCCGCCCCGGCGCACUGGAGUUGGGCGCAAGCAGCAAGGGGGGCCACGACGCGCGCCCGUGCCGUGAUAGACUGGAGCGCAAGCGAUAUCGCGGUCGGCACACCCUGUAAGGGACCAUGUCACAUGAGGAAGCUACCGCCACUGCGACGCGUGCAUUUACCCACCAGCUCCAGGAGGUCAAAGUGUCGCCGCAGGUAGGCUUUCAUUUUUGCAAAAACGAGCUCC